AUGGCUGGCUCAAGUGGAAUAUUUUUCAUCAGUCUCAUCUUAAUAGGGGUUUGGCUUAUAUUAGGAAUUGUUUUUGGUGCAACAGAUACAUGGCAAAUUAUGUUUCAGAAUGCAAGUUCCAUUCAGGUAUACAUUACAGACAUACUUCUCAUCCGACAGCAACAAAAUGCCAAUCAGGCCUUACUUACUACUCUUGCGGAGCUACAAUCACGCAGAGAGACGUGUACGCGUCUUCUCGCCAAGAUUCCCGAGUCAAAAUAUGGCAAUAGUAACGAAAAACAUGAAUGCAUGAUUGACAGUAAAAGUUUUGAUGAUAACUCAGACGAGCAAGAUUACUUGCUCAUUGCAAAGCCAACAGGUAUACGAUUAAGUUGGAUUAGUAUUUGUUCCAUAGUUGCACAGGCUCUUGGAUCUAUAUGGUCGUUUAUUUUCUACUGGAUAGGAAUUGGAAUUUGGGUGGCUGUAGGUCCAUCUCUAGGCUUUAGUAAUACAUGGCAAUUAUAUAUCAACACUGCUACGGCACUCGCUCUAACAUUUACUUCGAUCUUCCUGCAAAAUAUCCAACAACACCAAGAGGACAAAUUAAGUCGAUGUCUAGAACAAGCACUUAAGAUUGAUGCUGGCAUCGAACUUCAGUUGCGUGCAUUGACAGGUGACCAAAAACCUAAUCCUAUUUACACCAUUCCUGCUGCCCCACGCUCGUUCAUUGAAAGACUCAUUGAUGGGUUUGCUGAUAUUAUGGGUUCGGGAGCUGGCGUCGUGAUUUCAUUACUUUUCACUGUUGCAUGGAUUAUUUCCGGCCCAGCACUGAAAUUUAAUGAUAAUUGGUGGCUCAUUAUUGGUACAUUCACGGGACUUAUCGGAUUUAUUGACGGAUUCAUCUUACGCUCAUUAUAUUUUCGCGAAGAAUCUUAUACAAAAUUGCAAUUCCAAAAGCUCGCGUCCUCUGAUAGCAUCCUUUUAGAAAAGCUUCAUAUUUUAUACAAGCAAGAAGAACCACGAACUCUAGGGCUAGCAGAGCGCAUUUCACUUUCUAUUGGCAACGCUUGUGGACAUCGCUAUGCUUCCGUUGGGUCAGUUGCUGUAGUAAUCAUACUACUUACCGUGGCUUCAUCUAUGCUUUGGUCUGAAUCGGGACAGCUUCUAUGUAACACACCUACAAUGAUUGUUGAAGGGUUUCUCCUGCUAGUACUUAUACAAGCGCAUAACCACGCCAAUGAAGAGAGAGUUGCUGAUUUUAGUGGCCUUUUAAAAAGAAGACUCUUGCUACAUGGUAGUGUACUUAGUCUGACCUAA